AUGAGUUAUGAACAAUUUCAUAACAUGACAAGUGAACAAAAAGAUCGAAUGUGUGAUGGAGAUGAACUUAGGCAAAGAAUUCGUCAAUAUGAGAUGAAAGAGAAUAACAAUGAUGCUAUUAUUAAUAAUUCAUUAAAAAGACAUGCAACAAGUGAACGUCCAAGAUAUUCAGAUGAUGAUGAAAUUAUUUGUGAUAACAAUGAAUUGAAUACCGGAUGGACAACAGUACGUAGUUAUAAACAAAAGAAAAAAUAUAAUGAUAAAGAUGAUAGAGUUCCCUCUCAAUCAACAAGAACUUUUACAAACACAACAUUUCAACAACAAGGAAAUCAUCAACAGAAUGUCUUGACAAAUAAUACAAACAAUAAUUCAAUCAGAAAUAACAAUAAUAAUAUGAAAAUUUCGAAUCAGGCCCUUGUUUAUGCUGCUGAUUAUCAUUAUUCGUCAUUCAAAUUAGAAUGUGAACCGAAAUUAAAUGAUAAAAAACAAGGUGUUAAAAUGGUGAAUGAGUUAAUGAAAUAUAUUAAAAACGAUUUUUUACGUGCUUAUCCUCUUUUUACUAAACCGUUAUUAGUUGAUCUAUGA